CGUGGUCGAUAUGGCACCUUGUCUGGAUCUACCCUAUGAGAUAUGGGACGUGACGAAAGAGGAAGAUAAAAUUAUUAAGAAAUGCCUAUUAGGAUACACGAAACCGUUCGUGAAAUGUGGCAAGAAGGGGUAUGUGAUGCCGGGCGCGUUCAGGAAUCACGCGGAGGCCAUAUACAACCUCAAAGUCCGACCGGACGAUAUCUGGGUGAUCACGUUUCCAAGAUCAGGUACGACAUGGACACAAGAAAUGGUUUGGUUGAUUGAAAACGAUUUGGACUUCGAAACAGCUAAAGAAAAACCUCUCUAUGAACGAUUCCCUAUGUUAGAAUUAACUGCACAGAUACCAGAGCUGGCGUUUCAACUUAUCAAGAAUAAUUUCAUGAAUCUAAAGAAUUUUCAAGGUUUGAAUCAAGCAACCAAAGUUUCAAGUUGGAAGACGAUUGAGGAUGCACCUUCUCCUCGAUUGAUUAAAACUCACUUGCCCCUUUCUAUGCUGCCCCCAAAUCUAUUGAGCACUGCUAAAGUCAUAUACGUAGCUAGAGAUCCAAGAGAUGUUGCUGUUUCAUACUAUUAUUUACACAAAAUGGUUGGCAAAAGUUUUGUGAGGACAACGUUCCAAAAUUUCUGGGAAGCAUUCAGGAGGGAUUUGCUACCUUGGACUCCAAUAAUCGAGCACACGAAUGAAGCUUGGAAGCAGCGACAUAAUGAAAAUCUCCAUUUUAUUUUUUACGAAGAAAUGAUAAAAGAUUUACCGAAGAUAAUUCAUGACGUGAGCAAGUUCCUAAACCGAGAUUUGGCUGAGAAAGAAGUAAAUAUCUUGGCGGAUCAUCUCAGCUUCGACAACUUAAGAAAAAACAAAACAGUUAAUAACAGUACAAGUGACAAUGGCGAAGUUCAGUUCAUACGAAAAGGCGAAGCUGGAGGCUGGAGGACGCACUUCGAUGCUAAGAUGGAGAUGGAAGCCGAGGAGUUCAUAACCUCAAGACUACGCGGUCUCGAUAUAAAAUACCCUUCAAUCAGCAGCGAUAAAGAGGGCUGUUCACAUUAUUAGAUCAAACUUUACUUAGUUAUUAAGAAAUUCAGCUCAAACUCUUCUAACUAUAUAUUAAAUAUUAUAUUUUGUACAUACAAUAGUAUUUAUGUUUGUAUAAAUCCAAAGUUGAUUACGAUUGACAUACAAUUGAUUUAUUUUUCAAUAUUUUUACAUUUACAACUCGCUACCGGUCCCGGCUUUGCACGAGUAGAGUAAGGGGUCAACAUAUAACGUAUUAUCGUUAUACAUACUAUUGGGUUAGGCGGCGCACGCCAUUAAAACUACCAGUCAACUAUUGCCAUCGUCAUCUUCAUAUUCCCACAAAACCUCUAGCAUACACCGUUCACCAUGAUUCACUUGGUUUGAUAUAAAUACGUGGCGGGGCGCUUUUAUUUGUAAUAUAGCCUAUUCCAAUGUAAGUAUGAAAAAAGAUAAAUAAAACUUAUAUUUACAUAUUU